UGUGCACUGUAAAAAAAAAAGAGAGAGAGAGAGAGAGAGAAAGAAAAGAAUCGAGCAUCACAGCACGCGUAAAGCGGCAAGACAGGAAAUAACCUCAAUGUUGGAAAGUUCUGCUCAAAGCGAUGAGGAGGAUGAAGACGAUGGCCUCGCUGCUGAGCGUCUGUGUGUUUCUGCUCUGCUGCUCCGCCGCCGCCGUCGCCUCCCCAGGUUGUGACCAGUUUGCUGCAGUGGGUGGAAACUUCAAUGUUUCUCUGGGAUACAAACUGGGAUCUACUGAGAAUCUGAGGUGGAAGUUUAAGGGCAACCUAAUAUUUUAUAAAAAACCAGACAAAUUAAUUAGUGGUAAAAAUGAAGAUAUUAAUGAUGAUGGAUCCCUCAAACUGACAAAUCUGAAGAAGGACCAAGCAGGACUUUACACCAGUGAGGUUUUUAAUAGCAAUGGAAAAGAACUGGCCUCAAAGAGCACAAAUCUAUGUGUACUGGACCCCGUGAAGAAGCCCACAUUAAAUGUAGCCUGUCUGGCCUCAGAGGUCAUCUUUACCUGCAGUCAUGAUCCGCAACCUGAUGGUACAAAACAAUAUGACGCCAUACAUUACAAAUGGCUCCAGGAUGGCAAUAUGAUCAGCAAUGCAACAGAAAUCUCUAUGACAAGAAAAGUUGCAGAAACUAAAAACCUGCUCGUUUCCUGUGAAGUUGGCAACAAAGUCAGUUCUGAAACAAGUGACUCUUUGACUCACACCUGCAUUGAACCUGUGAAAAAGCCUGAAAUAAAUGCAUCAUGUAAAGAUUCAAAGGUCAUCUUUACCUGCCUUGCAGCUCAGCAGCCCGACGACGCGCAGUACAAGUGGCUCCAGGACGGCAAAGUCGUCAUCAACGAAACAAAAAUGUCUCUGACCAUAAACUCUGCGGAAAGCAAAAACAUGAAUUUCUCCUGCCAAGUUUACAACCAGGCCAGUUCUGAAAAAAGUGUCUCUUUCAGUCAUCGCUGUGUUGUCUCUACUUUCCUGGCCCUCCCAGAGGAGAUCUUUGGAGUUAGCAUCUGGAUUGUUAUUGCUGGUGGAGCAGGUCUUUUAAUUCUGAUCAUCAUCAUUAUCAUUUUGUGUUGUGUUCAGUGUAAGAAGAAAAGAGGGAAGAACGAUGAGGCGGAGCUUGAGUACCGAGCAGGACAGUCUUCAUCGCCAGCCUAUUGCACUCAUUGAUCACCCUCCUCUUCAUCACCAUCAUCACCUGCAGCAGCUGGGCGGAGCCUCUGCUGAAGCUGCAGCUCUUUACAAACAUUUCCCUAAUAUUUUAUGGAGUUACCUUUUACUUUGUAUGACUUGAGUCGAACACUUGCUGUAGUUUGCUGAACGUUUGACCCAUUUCUCCUGACAGAGCUGGUGAAACACUCACUAAUUCAAAGAUAACUUUUCUUAUUUUUCUGGCAUUUAGCGAAGUGGAAAGUUGUUUUUUUUUACGACAUAUAUGUAAAUAUCUGGGUUCAAACUAUGCAUAUGUUUAUAUAUACUGUAUAUUCUGUGAGGACCCCAGCUUCUUUAGCAGACAGAGUCCUAACAUUUUUGUGUUAUGAAUAUUUUUAAUUCAUUGAAGGCAGUGUUAUAAGAUUCUGUCGAUUUUAUUUUACUAUUUUUAGCUGCAAGCUUUGAUCAUCAAACUUAAUGUGAAUAAUGACUUUGUGUGUAUAUCCCUCCAUGUAAAAUACUCCGUUUUUAUUCUUAAUUAUUCAAACUAGUUUCACAACGAUGACGAAUUGAGGUCUCUGUGUUGUUGUCUUGUGUCGCAAUAAAUAAAACCAAAAGUAAA